GUGACGCAUUCAGCACGCGAAUGCUUGCAGUAGUCGGGUGUGAAAUGCAGGGAUGCAAAAUGGCCUGUUGCGCCUUACGUUCAGUAUAUCGCCAGUGACGCCAUAUCGUCAGAAAUGGCUGUGAAAAGCCUGCGGCCACACCACAGGAAGCUUACGGUGGCCUAGCACGUAUUUUAAAACUAGUUUUCAUCUCCUUUAAAGAAUAUCUGCAACGAUGGCACCAGUCAAAAUCCUUGUGUGUGGAAAUAUAGAUGGAAAGUUCAAUCAAGUUUUCAAUCGCGUGUCUUCUGUGAACAAGAAAAAUGGUCCAUUCGAAUUUCUACUGUGCUGUGGCUCCUUCUUUGGUCUGAACAACUCAGAGUGGGCAGCGUACCGGGAGGGCACACGGCGGGUGCCGAUACAAACAUACGUUCUAGGCGCUGCCAGCCGGCUGCCGCGGGACGUGCACCCUUGUCCAGACGCCGACGAGCUGUGCACGGACGUGGUGGCGUUGGGCGAGCGUGGCGUGUUCACGUCCUCCGGUGGCGCGAGCGUGGCGUACCUGGCGCCCCCGGACGGCGGCGAGCCGAGCCAGGCCGACGUGCGCGCUCUGGAGCAGGCGGUGGCGGCUUCGGGCGCCGCCGGCCUGGACCUGCUUCUGACGACAGCCUGGCCGCGCGGCGUCACGCGCUACGCCGCCACGCCCCCCGGCGUCUACUCGGAGGAGACGGGCUCGCGGCUGGCGGCGCGGCUGCUCUACAGCACGCGGCCGCGCUACGUGUUCAGCGGCGGCCAGGCGCUGCAUUACGAGCGGCUGCCCUAUCGCAAUCAUCAGGUGCUGCGCGACCAGCAGGUGCACGUGACGCGCUUCAUCUCCCUGGCGGCCGCCUUCAACGUCGACAAGCACAAGUGGCUGUACGCCUUCGGGCUGGAGCCGAUGGUGCGGAUGGCGCGCGCCGAGCUGGUGGCGCAGCCGGCUGACGUGACCGAGUGUCCGUUCUCCGCCGAAGAGAUGGCGACGGCGGCGUGUGGCGGCGACGGCGAGGCGGUUCAGUUCUUCUACAGCACGGAGAGGAAGUCCGGGGAGCCGGCCGCCAAGCGGCGCCGCCAGGGGCCGCCCGACGGCCGGCCGACCGCGCCCUGCUGGUUCUGCCUGGCCUCGCCAGACGUCGAGAAGCACCUGGUGGUGAACGUCGGCGAAACGUGUUACCUGGCACUGGCUAAGGGCGGCCUGGUGCCCGGCCACGUGCUCAUCCUACCGGUGGAGCACACGCGAGCUUCCACCGAAGCCGACGACGCCGUGUUCGCCGAGAUCCUCGAGUACAAGAAACGGCUGGGCAAGCUGUUCGCCGCUGAGAACAAGGCGGUGGUGUUUUUCGAGCGGAACUACCGCCAGUCCCACCUGCAGGUGCAGUGUGUGCCGGUCCCCAAGGACUUGGUGCCCGUGUUGAAGGAGGCCGUGCAGGACCACUGUGACAGCCAGGACAUCAGUCUGGACGAGGUGCCGCCGCUCUCGGACGUCCGCCAGCUGGCUCAGCCCGGCGCGCCGUACCUUUACGUGGAGCUGCCCGGAGGCGUCAAACUCUUUCACAGGGUAGGCAAGAAGCUACCUCUGAGUAUAGGGCGUUCCAUGCUGGCGUGCCCGCCCCUUCUGAACAUGCCUGAACGCGUGGAGUGGAGCGAGUGCGUUGUCAGCAAGGAGGAGCAGAUGGCAAAGGCGAAGGAGUUCAAAACCAAGUUCAAGAAGUUCGCAUAGAACCUCAUGUCACCACAUCGGUCAUUUCGCUUUCCAUUGUAACAAAUGGUGUCCAACACUAAAUGGCCAAUACAUCGUCAUAUGCCACCCAAUUUGUAGCUUUAACCGAGUGUCGAAUUGCCUGGCGUAUAUGAAUAUCAUGACAAGCAUC